CUCUUGCCCGUCGGCUCCUGGGUUGGCAGGAUUGGUUUCGGUGGCUUCAGAACCAGUAUGUAGAAGAUGAGUUUUACUACAUGCAUGUCGCUCCUUCAAGCCGCCAUUUAUGAUUUUGAAGGAUCCUUGUCCCUUCAGCUCUGAACUUCAUUUACCGUGACCAGCGAAGUAAAGGGAGUUCAUGAAGUGCUUUCUCCACCUUGAGUCAUCAUGAGUAGUAAUUUAGGAAAAGAAAAAGACUGUAAAGAGAAGGAUCCAAAAGUUCCAUCCGCCAAGGAGAGGGAGAAGGAGGCGAAGGCCUCUGGAGGAUUUGGGAAAGAAAGCAAAGAAAAGGAACCUAAGACCAAAGGGAAAGAUGCCAAAGAUGGAAAGAAAGACUCCAGUGCUGCGCAGCCUGGAGUAGCUUUUUCUGUGGACAACACCAUAAAACGCCCAAAUCCAGCCCCCGGGACGCGCAAAAAGUCCAGCAAUGCAGAGGUGAUUAAAGAACUAAAUAAAUGUCGGGAAGAGAACUCAAUGCGCCUGGACUUAUCCAAGAGGUCUAUACAUAUGCUUCCAUCAUCAAUCAAAGAGUUGACACAGUUAACAGAACUUUAUUUAUACAGUAACAAACUGCAGUCCCUGCCUGCGGAGGUGGGCUGCCUUGUGAAUCUGAUGACACUGGCCCUGAGUGAAAACUCACUUACCAGUUUGCCUGACUCUCUUGAUAACUUGAAGAAACUGCGCAUGCUUGAUCUUCGGCAUAACAAACUAAGAGAAAUUCCUUCAGUGGUGUACAGACUAGAUUCUCUCACCACCCUUUAUCUACGCUUUAAUCGCAUGACUACUGUGGAAAAGGAUAUCAAAAACUUGUCGAAACUCAUCAUGCUUAGCAUUAGGGAGAACAAAAUCAAACAACUACCUGCUGAAAUUGGUGAAUUAUGUAACCUCAUAACGCUGGAUGUAGCUCACAAUCAGCUUGAACACCUUCCAAAGGAGAUUGGAAACUGCACACAGAUCACCAACCUUGACCUGCAGCACAACGAGCUCCUGGACCUCCCAGAAACUAUAGGAAACCUGUCCAGUUUAAAUCGUCUUGGCCUAAGGUACAACAGAUUGUCAGCAAUACCCCGGUCUUUAGCAAAAUGCAGUGCGCUCGAGGAGCUUAAUUUGGAGAACAACAAUAUUUCUACCUUGCCAGAGGGCCUCUUAUCAAGUCUCGUGCACCUGACCAGUUUGACUCUGGCUAGGAAUUGUUUCCAGUCCUACCCUGUAGGUGGCCCAUCCCAGUUUUCCACCAUCUAUUCCCUCAACAUGGAACACAAUCGAAUCAAUAAAAUCCCAUUUGGAAUUUUUUCUAGAGCUAAAGUAUUAAGCAAACUGAAUAUGAAGGACAAUCAGCUCACCUCACUUCCCUUGGACUUUGGAACUUGGACCAGUAUGGUGGAAUUGAAUUUAGCCACUAAUCAGCUAACAAAAAUCCCUGAGGAUGUGUCUGGACUUGUUUCUCUGGAGGUCUUAAUCUUGUCAAACAAUCUCCUAAAGAAACUUCCUCAUGGCCUUGGAAACCUGAGGAAAUUAAGAGAAUUGGAUUUGGAGGAGAACAAACUGGAAUCCUUGCCAAAUGAAAUUGCUUACCUCAAGGAUUUGCAGAAACUAGUCUUGACAAACAACCAGUUGACUACUCUUCCCAGAGGAAUUGGUCAUCUGACAAAUCUUACACAUCUUGGCCUAGGAGAGAACCUGCUUACCCAUCUUCCUGAGGAAAUUGGAACACUGGAGAACCUAGAAGAGCUGUAUUUGAAUGACAACCCCAACCUGCACAGCCUUCCCUUUGAGUUGGCGCUCUGCAGCAAACUGUCAAUCAUGAGUAUUGAGAACUGUCCACUCAGCCAUCUUCCACCUCAGAUUGUUGCCGGGGGCCCUUCCUUCAUCAUUCAGUUCCUAAAGAUGCAGGGUCCAUACCGUGCCAUGGUUUGAAGCAAAUCAGCCGGUCCCAUACACUGUACAAAAUACAAACUGCAUUAAUGUCAUCUCCUAUCUAUAUCUGUGGAUAUCGAUAUACAUAUAGCAGAUUUAUUAAGACUGCAUUAUGUGUUUCUGCUAAUAGAGGAAUCAUAGCCAUUUAGAUUUUUUUUUUAUUCUGUACAAAUUGCUUGUUUAAUUUUUCUUUGCCGAAUUUGGUGGAUGUUUGUCUAAUGAGCAGUCUGGAAUAUGCCAGUUCACUUAAAAGAAUUGCCAGCAAAUUCACUGGUUGUUAAAUUUAAGGGACAAAAGAAGCGUGGUUAGGUUUCUUUUCCAUUUGGAAAAAUUGUGUAUAAACUUAUUUGAUUCAAGUUUUCAUUCCCGUUUUCCCCCUCCUGUUUGUCAGAGCCCGUAGUAUCACAUACCCUGAAGGUAGGAUUAUUCUUUAACUUAUUUUGAGAUUUUAAACGAAAUGGUUUUUAUAUAUUGUUUACAGUCAGAGUAAAUCACUGGAUUUUUUUAUUUGUUUUGAUUUGCUCUGUUUUAAUCAAUCAUAUCUAGAAUUUAUAUGCUUCUGAAGAAUUUGUAUCAGCUGGUUUAUAUACUAUAAGAAUAUUUGCUUAUCAAAACAACUAGUAAACUGAAAAGAUAGUCAGGAAUGCUUGAAUUAUUUUAAUUGUGCUUCUCUGGGUUUUCAGUUGUGAGGCAAAUCAUAUCUGAACUGAGCCUUUUCGGGGAGUGAGAUCUUUUCUAGCACAAAUAGUCUUUUCAGUUUGGGUGUUUAAUGAGAAAUAAGUUCAGUGUAAAGCAAUUUACAUUUUGAGAAGUAGCAGUUCCAAAAAGUCCAACAAAACAACUUGGUAAGAAAUCCUCUCUUUUUUUUCCAUCUCUCUCGCUCUCUCGCCAUUCCCUCCACUCCCCACGCCCCCUCCCCCCGCUUUGUUUCUUUCUCUUUCACUCUCACCCCACCCCUACACACACACAUUCUCUAUGUAUGUAUAGAUAUACAAUCCUAUAUAGAUAUGUACGUAUUUAUUAUGUCAUAAACUACGCAGGUAAUUUUAAGGAUUUCUCCCCAUCCUUGUACAAUGAAAUGAAUUGAAUGUCUCUUUUAAACACUGCAAUGUAUGUAAGUUUUAAGGUUAUUUAACAAUGUACUUUGGUUUUAUAUCUUGACUUGCCUUGUACAUCUUUCCAUUCUGGAAUUUCUGCGUCCAAGCACAAUAUCUUCACACUGUGCUGUAUUGCUGCUGAACGAAAUGCACUUUUCCCCAUGUGUGGGGCACUUGCUUUAGACUCUUCUGUUCAGUACCAGAGCUAUUCACUUUAACCUCAUCUAUCCUCUCUUGAUAGUAAAUCCAGUUUUAGGAAAAGAGAGGCACAUGUUCAGUUGUGCAAAGAGGCUGUUGGUCACCCAGUGGGAGUACUGUAAGCCACGCAUGUGCUAUUAUUUCAAUUUUAUUUCUUUUUCUUGGCUGCUUUUAAGACUAGCAAUGCUGCAGUAAAUGUUUGCUGCUUACAAUACUACUUGUGUAGUGCCAGUAUACGUUGGGUUGUUUGUUUUUGUUUUUUUCCAUCAUGGAGACUCAGAAGGCAGUUACAUUCCAGACUAUUGAAGUGAAUAUGAAUUAUGAAUUGCUGCUUGAGUUUUGUCACUUAGGCAGGAAAUCUUUUUGAACAAUAUGUAAAAUUUCUUAGUUUGACCCCAAAGAAAUAUAUAUUCUAAAGCCCAGAAAUUGGAGGAAUGACCUGAGGGUGGUUUUCCGCCCUUCGAAUAGGAUUCUUGAGUUACUGUACUGCCAUGACUGAUUGAUCUAGAACCUGUAUUCUUACUUACAUUCUCACAAGGAGCAACUUUUAAAGUGGAAGGCAGGUGGAGAUAUGAAACUCUUAGAGGGCUAAAUGUGCUGUAAAACUAUUGUAAAUGUCACUGGAUUUUUACCAAGUAACAUCCUUUCUUCUUCUUUUCCCAUGUACUGUGGCCUUUUCUGUUUAAAUUUUACUCUGUAGUUAAGGAAAUUUGUCUAUUACAGCUCUCUCUGGAGUUACCUUUUUUCAGCAUUAAAAGUGUGAAGAUGCUGGAGCCUGACAUCGAGGACUGUAAUCUAACUCCUGAGAGUUUCCUUGGGGGAAGAUGUGAAAUUAUGAUGAUUCUUAAAAUGAAAAUAGAUAUUCGUUGGGUCUUAAGCAUGCCUGCCCUCCGUUCCUCCCCUCCGCCCCCCCCCCCCC